CAGCUGCUUGCUAUUAUCUGUGACAAUGCGUCCAACAAUAAUGUCAUGAUACAGAAAAUGGAAGAAGCAAUCGACUCCUUCCUUGGUGGCCGUGCUCGAGUCCGGUGCCUCUGCCAUGUGGUCAAUCUCGUUGCUAAGUCUAUCAUCUCUGUAUUCGAC